AUGACCACCGAAGUCGACCACACUGUUGCUGCGGCUGGCCCCUCCGAGACGGAUGCCAAGCUGCGCCAGGAAAACCAGGCGGCGUUCUCGCGCGACCUCGAAUUCGUCUCAUCGCUCGCCAAUCCGUUCUACCUCAACCACCUUGCGCUGUCGGGCGUGCUGGCAUCGGCCGCGUUUCUGCGCUAUCUCAAGCAUCUCGACUACUUCCGUCAUCCGCGCUACGUCAAGUACCUCCAGUACCCGCAUGCGCUCCACAUGCUCGACCUGCUGCAGAGCGAGCCCGACUUCCGCCUCGCCUGCCGGGAUCCGGCGUUCGUCGGCGAGGUCAUGGCAAAGCAGGUGGCGCACUGGGCAACGUGGCGCGAUCCAGACGCCAAUGCUGCCGAUGAACCACCAGAAUCCAACCCGCCCACAACAGAGUCCGCCUAG